UCUGUUUAUAAAAAUAAAGCUGUAACCUUUAAAAAGUUGCUAUCUUUGCACCCGAGAGAGAGCUCAGUGAAAAAGAUGGGAAGCGGUGUAGGUGUAGCUCUCUUUGCCCUCUCCCUUCUUCUCGUCUCCCAUGAGGUGGAAUCUGCAAUCGGCGUGAACUGGGGAACGUUGUCAUUUCACAAGAUGAGACCUUCCACAGUGGUGGAUCUCCUCAAAGCAAACAAGAUCACCAAGGUGAAGCUUUUCGAUGCGAAUCCAGAUGCGCUUCGAGCGUUAAUGGGUACUGGAAUCCAAGUAAUGAUCGGCAUUCCUAACGAGAUGCUCUCAACUUUCAAUUCUGAUUUGUUUGUCCAGCAAAAUCUCUCUCGCUUCAUAGGCAAAAACGGUGCUGAUAUUAGGUAUGUUGCAGUAGGGAAUGAGCCGUUUCUGACUGGUUACGGUGGUCAGUUUCAGAACUAUGUAGUCCCAACUAUGGUUAACCUGCAACAAUCUUUGGUUAGAGCAAAUCUAGCUAGCUAUGUGAAGUUGGUGGUUCCUUGCAACGCAGAUGCGUAUCAGUCUAAUGUUCCCUCUCAGGGGAUGUUCCGGCCUGAGCUUACACAGAUUAUGACUCAAUUGGUUUCGUUUCUCAACUCCAAUGGCUCUCCUUUUGUGGUUAAUAUCUAUCCUUUCCUUAGUCUCUAUGGGAACUCGGAUUUUCCACAAGACUAUGCCUUUUUUGAGGGGAGUAGUCAUCCGGUUCCGGAUGGGCCUAACACUUACUAUAAUGCAUUUGAUGGGAACUUUGACACUCUUGUUGCUGCUCUCACCAAGCUUGGAUAUGGUCAAAUGCCUAUAGUUAUUGGUGAGAUUGGUUGGCCUACAGAUGGAGCAGUUGGUGCUAAUCUCACAGCAGCCCGGGUUUUUAAUCAAGGGCUCAUUAGCCAUGUGUUGAGCAACAAAGGAACACCGCUCAGGCCUGGAUCUCCUCCUGCGGAUGUAUAUCUUUUCGGUUUGCUUGACGAAGGAGCGAAAAGCACACUGCCUGGUAACUUUGAGAGGCAUUGGGGAAUCUUCUCUUUCGAUGGACAGGCCAAGUAUCGUCUCAACUUAGGACUAGGCAACAGAGGACUCAAGAAUGCAAAAAAUGUGCAGUACCUUCCUUCAAGGUGGUGUGUGGCUCACCCAUCAAGAGACAUGACCCAAGUUGGUGACCACCUCAGGCUUGCUUGCAGUGAAGCAGAUUGCACAACGCUCAACGACGGGGGCUCGUGCAGCCAGCUUGGUGAAAAAGAUAAUAUCUCAUACGCUUUCAACAGUUACUAUCAGAUGCAGAUGCAACAUGAAAAGAGCUGUGACUUUGAUGGACUUGGCAUGGUCACCUUCCUAGAUCCUUCAGUUGGUGACUGUCGAUUUCUUGUGGGUGUUACUGAUAUAGGCUUAUCGUCAAGUACUGAGCCAAUGGCAAGGUGGUCUAUCUACCACAUUUGCAUUGGACUAUUGAUCUGGACUCUCACAAUGUAGAUUAGGGAAAUUUUUCAGUGUUACAUUAUUUAGCGAUAUAGUAGAUAUAGGACGGAGAAAUUGCAUAAAUAUAGGGUCAGAUGUAUUUUAUUGUUAAGCUGAAAAGCUGAACCAGUGUUAUCUCUGUAAUAUCUUCUUGGGGUCUAUAUUAGAAAAUCAGAACCACUAAAACUAUGGUACCUUUGUUGUCAAUGUACUGUCUAAGAUGAGACUCAAAUCGGUUAUCAUCAAUUAGAUUGUGAUCAUCACUAUAGAUUCAUUUCCACUAAUCUUCUCGU